CGAACACAAGUACUGCAAAUAAUCACACUUGUCAGCAAUUUCGCCCCCAAUUUUCCUCUCUUUUCUCUCUCACUCUCUCUCUAUUUCUUCCAUAGCAUCAUAUGAUAAACUUCGUCUUCGUUCUUCAAAUCUGCAAUGGCUAGUGUUCGAUUCAAAUUCAGAAGUUCUGCUACUUUCGAUUCUGUUGAUAUUGGAGAACAAUCAUCAAUUUCAAUUCGCGAUCUCAAAUCAAAAAUCGUUUUGAAGAAGCACCUCAAUCUUUGUCAAGAUUCCGACCUCGUUUUCUCUGAUUUUCUUUCUGGCCAAGAGUAUAAGGAUGAAAGCAUUAGAAUUCCUAGCGGUUCAAGCGUGAUUAUUAAGCGAGUGCCUGCGAAAUCCUCUCCUCUCAGGGAUUCUGAUACCUCACCAGGAUGCUUUGGUGUUAAGGAUGGCAAAUGUGUAGGUGACCUAGGUGUCAUUGAUCCCCCUUCUGUGGAUGUUGAAUUAAACAACCUCGAUGAUUUUGGAGUUGACUUGUGUCCACCUCCUUGCACAAACUUAUCUGACACCGGAGAACUGCUAUUGAACAACAAUGGGAAGAAAGAUUACAUGGCUACAAGAUGCUCUCAGGAAGUUCUAGUGAAAUGCCAAAAGCUUGAGACAGCUCUCCCUGGUCAGUUGACUCCAAAAGGUUCCAGUGCAAAUGAGGGAAGUACCCUAGUUAUGCCUAAGCCCAAAAUUGAGGAACAAACAGAGUUGAAGAGAGCACAUCAUGCAAAACAUUUAGCCAUGGAGAACUGUGAUAUGCCAUCAGAGUUGAAAUGUUCGCUUUGCAGAACCUUUUUUAAAGAGGCUGUCAUGAUACCAUGUUGUCAACACAGCUUCUGUGGAAAAUGUAUUCGUGCAGCGUUGUCUGAGAAUGCAAAAUGUCCCAUGUGUUCUUCCACCAAGUGCAAACCUAAUGAUUUACUGCCAAAUGUAUCACUUACACAAGCAAUUGAGCGUUUUCUUGAAUCUCAACUCUUAUUGAAUGGCUCAAAAGACGUGCUUCAUAGAUAUGCACCUGACGGUGAAUCUGGAAUUCAAGUAAAGGACAUUUCUUAUGCUACAACUGUUCCACAAAAGCGUUUGCAAAUGAACCAACCUGUAACUGGGAAAUAUGCAAUCCAGAAAAAGUCUAGUAAACUACAUGAUUGUGCUCAUCCUGCUGAAACUCCUGGUACAUUAGAAGAUUUGAGCGAAUUCGAAGGGGAAAAUGAGCCGCAAAAUAUAGCUAAAACUAAUGAAGAAGUUUCUUGCUCCAAGAUAGGGGAGGGAGUGCAUGCCAUUACUGGAGGUGGAGAAAGGAAUUUCACAGAUCCUAGACGACCAAACAAGGGUCCUCGGACAUGCUUUAUGUGUGGGUCUCCGGAUCAUUUGAUUAGAGACUGUCCGGGUGCUGUGAACCACAACACAAACCGCUGGAGUGGUGUUGGUUCACAUCCUGGGGCUGUAUCAGGCUAUCCACCAACAUAUUGGCAAGGAAAUCAACCUUAUUCUGGGCCCUAUAUUAACAUGUACGGAGGCCCUGGGAUGAUGUUCUAUAAUACCAACACAGCUCCCAUUUCACCGAUUGCAUUUCCUUCCUGCUCCCCAUCAAUGUAUGGUGGCUAUCCUGUUGUUAGUGGAUAUAUGAAUGUGGGAGGCAUAACACCACAAGUUGGAAAUUUUGCUCAGCAACCAAGACAUGUAGAUCAUCUGGAGCAUCAAGAUUGUGCAUAUUUGCAGAGGAAUUAUGGUGUAGAUUUGGAAAGAGAACGGAUCUUUGAUAGAGACCGCAAUGUGAAUACCCACCAUGAUUCAAUGGAAAGGGGCCUUUAUCACUCUGGCGAUGAGUUUCCCAAGAGUUCAGAAGGGAAGCAUAGAAAUCGUGAGAAUUCAGAUGGUGAUAACGCUUACUCAUAUCGUAAUAGACAAGGGAAAACUGCUUGUAAUGCGGAGUGUGUAAGAGAUCUUAGGAUAGCUCAAUCAGAUAUAUCUUCUUCAGAGAAAGAUGUUCUUGAUAGCAGGAUUCUGCCGAGGGAAGACAGGAAAGAAAAGCUCCAUAGAACUUAUAGAAGUAAUGAUGAGUUUGGAGAGCAGCAUGGCCGUGAAUCUACUCGGAAACAUUAUCAACCAAAAGAAGAAAGCAGCAAAAGAAAAAGAAUGGAAUAUAAUGAGAAAAAAUCUGAUCGACAUUCUCACAGUCGCUCUAGGUCUAGCUUGGAACACAGUUAUUCUGGUGAUGGCGUAAGGCACCGGUGUGAAGAGUCCAGUCAUAGAUCUCGGCACUCGAAUAAAGUUGCAAAAGUCAAUGGUAAGGAGAUGCAUAGUGAACAUGGGAAGAUUAAGUAUUCAGAUGAUUAUGGGGAGGAUUGUCACAGUUAUAAACGAAAAAAAUUUCGUUAGGGCUGGCAACAAAUGUCUUUUGAGGUAAUAGUGUAUACAAAAGGACCACAUAUUUCAACCUUGAUCAUCUUUUAAUUAGGUAAAUGUAUCAACAUGGUUUACCCUUUUGGUUGUUUCUCAUGUUUUACCUAACAGCUGAAUUAACCGUGGACCACACAGAUUUGAACAUUCAUCUUACUGUUCA